AUGGGGAUCCUGACUCGGUCCAAAAGUCGUCAGGCAUCUGAGCCCACGGAGCAACAACACGCAGAGCCCAAGACCCUUCCCCGGCUCAUCGAGAAGACUCUGCGACGAUCUCGCGCCGCCUCGCCCACGAAAGGUGAUGCGCCUGUGGAUGAGUCCGAAGCGUCCACGGCCCCUCGACGCGCCCGCGCUACCCGGGCAAAGACCGAUCUCGACUUCCCUCCGCGCGUGGAGACUGCGUACGGCAUCACCAUGCGGCCGAUCGGACAAUACCCCACCGUGGCCGAGUACAAGAGCGUUGGCCUCACUCCUCCCACUCGGAGUGCCAUCAAGCGCGCCUUCAAGGCCAUGAUGCGCACCAAGGGCGAGUCAGGUGAGGCGGUUGUCACCGAUAGCUCAGCGCCAAUGUCACCGGCGGCUGAGGAUGCGAUCAUCUCGGAUCUUCGGGGCAGCAAGGCUGUUUCGGAGCCUCUCCUGGGGAUCCCCGAGUACGAUUGCAUGGAAGGACCCGUGGAGGCCGCUGCACGGGAAGGUGAGGCCGAUGAGCUGCCGGCGAGCAGUUUGGAAAUGCCUGUCUUUGAGGUGACCCGACCUCACAUCGGUGGGAACUCUCUCUCGCCCAUCGAAACCCCCGUUGCGACUCCCGGAGACGACCUCUCCUCAGAUCUUCCCCUGCCCGCGCCCGGGACUCUCCCUUCUGGCCCCAUCGCUGAGGUGACAUCCUCUCACCAGGCGGCCGCGACUUCUCUCACCGGUGACAUGGACACCGAGAUGAUGCCCGCUCUGGUCCCACGCCCCGACGGCCCCGUGUUCCGCGACUUCCUCGCUGUUUUGGAGUCCCUCCCCGCGCCGACCUCCGACUACUACGACGUGGCGCAGCUCAAGCAAGUCAUGACAAGCUCGAUCGCUCAUUCGAGUGAGGCUGGCCAAGAUGAGAUCGCCAUGACACUGCUCCACUUCUGGUCCGGCAUCGCGGGAGAUGACUUCAAACUCUCUCUCGUUCACAACCUUGGCCUCAAAGAGGUGGAUCCUGACCUGGAGCUGGCGCUCAAGACCACGCUGUGCCGCUCAACCCACGAGGCCAGCGAGUGGUACAAGGCCUACGUUGCCAAGCUCCCCGCCGCCACGACACAGCGCGGCCCAGGCAGUGACUCCGGACUCUCUUCGGCGCAGUCGGUCGAGGCUGAUCGAGGAGGCCAGACAUUCAAAGCAGCGGACAUCUACCGCGACACCUCCGGUCCCCGCCUUGAGGACCUUUUCAACGCUGGCAGGACAAACACGGCUCCCCUGAAAAGACCCAAGAAGCCGUGCCCAGUGAAUGAAAAGUCAUUCAAGCGCCGCCGUGAGUGGGAAUCCGACCCCUCACUGGAUCAGACUCUCCGGGAGAAACGUGCGCGGCUCAUGGAGCACACGGCCCCCGAUCCUGCACUGGUCAAGCCCGACUGGAGCUCCAUCCGCCCCCAGAGGGAUGAGCCCAUCCUCGCUGAGCAGACGUCCAGUUCGGUCGCCCCAAGGGAAACCACUACGGCCGAUCAGGUCACGGAGUCCGUUGAGCCUUUGUCGGAGCCUGUCCCUGCGCGUGGACAACGAGGUAGUCGAGGUCGGGGUCGUGGACGUGGCCGAGGAGGCCGGGCAAUUUCUACGCGGUCCCAGCGCACCCAAGAGCCGCAGGAGCAAACCGAGCCACAGGUUGAUUCCCCGUCGACCGUCGCUUGCGCCGUCCCUCCUCAGGUUCUGGGCAAACGCCCUCGCGAGUUGUCAUUGGAUACCACCGUGUCCGCAGAAUCCGAACUCUCCAACGAGUGCUAUUCGGAACGAGAAAACGAAUGGCACGGGGAGUUUGGGGACCGGCAGAUGCCCAAUUCCAUUGAGCCGCCCGAGAAUAGCGACAACUGCUAUGAGUGCGACCAAGUGGGCAAUCUGCUUUGCUGCGACACGUGUGAGAACGCAUUCCAUUUCGAAUGCCUCCGACCUCGCCAGGACCCGAAGAACCCGCCUCGGGGAGAGUGGUACUGCCCACGAUGCGCAGUCCGAAACCCACUGACCACGGCGAUCGCGCAUGGGCGUCACAAGAAGCGGAAGACGGAAUUCGACCUCCCGGAUGAGAUCAAGGGAUAUUUCACCGGCGUAGAAACGGGCCAAAUCUCUGAUGCUCCGAUCCUCCAGGACAUCAAGAACAUGCGUUUCUACAAGGCGGUUCCCCACAUACCGCGUCUGACUAAGCCUCCCAGGGCUGGAACCCGGGCAACUCCUGCCUACGACGAUCCCAACCUGCUGAAGAUGACGGAGAAUGGUCAACUGAUUCUCUGCAACAGGUGUGGUCGGUCGACGGAGAAUACGCGGCCCAUCAUCCGCUGUGACUACUGCCCUUCUCACUUUCAUCUCGACUGUCUCGACCCUCCCCUGGCCCACCCCCCUAAUCCACGUAACGGGUGGAUGUGCCCCAAGCAUGUCCUUCCAGACGAAUUGCUCGUCACCAAAAUGGUUGACGGUAAAAUGCAAGAACGUCGUCCGCGCCGUCCCAAACACACGGUCGCUACUGUGGAUGUGGAGCCAGCACCCUAUGAGGAUGUCAACGAGACCACCUUCGAUGAUGACUUCCGUGAGAAGCGUCACCUCCUUCCUGCCGGGGACAUUGUCCUGGACUUUAUCUCUGCCGUCCGCCAUGAUUCGUCUCGCCAGCAACAGGACUUUUUCGCUGGGCUGACCCAAACCUGCUUGGCAUACGCUCGGAGCUUGGUGGAAGAGCGCCUUGCACAGUCCAGCAAUCAGUCGGCGGACGAGAUCACCGCCUCCAUCGCCCCACGCGUGACGGAAGCGAUCGGGAAUCUGCAAUCGGGCAGGGCGAGCAGAGAAGAGUACGACGCCGCCGUGGCACUGAUGGGCUUCGCAAGAGGCGACGACGCUCACGCAUCGGUCGAUGGCACCUCCCCCCAAUCGACCUGA